UAGGGCUGAAUCGGGUAGAGUGCCAAAGAAUCACAGAAAACUCCAAAUCUAGGAAGCCUUAGAGGCUGACAAAUAAAAAACUUGACCAAAAACCCUACAAAAUCACUGAGCGUAAACCCUAAACCUUCGCCGAAAGAACAGAUUCAGAAACCAAAAUACGCAAGCCGAAAAGGAAAAGAUGCUACCGAGUUACGGUUCAAGAGAAUCGGGGCAUGAUUGUUUACGGCGCCACAUCUUGGUUUCACCAAGUAAGCUUCCUCACCUCCAUUUUCCUUGCGCAGCGAGAGUGUUUUUGGGGUAUAAUCAUGACCAAAGAUUUUCUAGAAAACAACACUUUCUUGAGCAAGGCUCAAGUGCAAGCGUACACUCUUGUGCCCAGAAGCAGCAUUCAAGAGGAUUUGGGUUUUCUACAGGGUUUAAGCUACAGUGUCUCUCUAAAACCCUGUUUUCUCCCACUACAAGUUCUUCAAGUAAUGUUAAAAAGAAGAGGUAUAAAGGUAUUUUGCCUUCGAUUCUUAGGGCUUUGGAGUGCGAUACGGACGUAGAGAAAACCCUUAGUUCGGUUUGUGAGAAUUUGAGUCCGAAAGAACAGACUGUGAUACUCAAAGAACAGAGUAACUGCGAGAGAGUUACUCGGGUUUUUGGGUUUUUCAAAUCACUGAAAGACUAUGUGCCGAAUGUAAUUCAUUAUAACAUCGUGCUUCGAGCUCUGGGGAGAGCUCAAAAAUGGGAUGAGUUAAGGCUUUGUUGGAUUGAAAUGGCGAAAAAUGGUGUUUUGCCCACAAACAAUACUUAUGGAAUGCUUGUUGAUGUUUAUGGGAAGGCUGGUCUGGUGAAAGAAGCACUUUUAUGGAUUAAGCAUAUGAGACUCAGAGGACUUUACCCUGAUGAAGUCACAAUGAAUACGGUUGUUAAGGUUUUGAAGGAUGCUAUGGAGUUUGAUAGGGCAGAUAGGUUUUAUAAAGAUUGGUGCAUUGGGAAGGUGGACUUGAAUGAUCUUGAGUUGGAUUCGAUGAUUGAUUUUGAAAAUGGGUCUGGUUCAGCUCCCGUUAGUUUUAAGCAUUUUCUAUCAACUGAGCUUUUCAGGACAGGUGGUAGGAGUCCUGUUUUGGAAACUUUAGGUUCACCAGACACAGAAAGUUCUAUUAGAAAGCCACGACUAACAUCUACAUACAAUACUUUGAUUGAUUUGUAUGGAAAAGCUGGGCGCCUCAGGGAUGCAGCUGAUAUCUUUGCUGAAAUGUUAAAAUCUGGUGUGGUGAUGGAUACUAUCACAUUUAACACUAUGAUCUUUACUUGUGGAAGUCAUGGCCACUUUUUGGAGGCAGAAUCUUUGCUUAGUAAGAUGGAAGAAAAGGGAAUACCUCCCGACACAAAGACUUAUAACAUCUUUUUGUCUCUGUAUGCUGGUGCUGGAAAUAUUGAGGCAGCCCUGGAAUAUUAUAGGAAGAUCAGGAAGGUAGGUCUUUUCCCUGAUAUUGUAACUCACAGAGCUGUUCUUCAUAUAUUGUGUGAGAGGAAUAUGGUUCAAGAAGUGGAGACUGUAAUUGAAGAAAUGAACAAAUUUGGUAUUCACAUUGAUGAGCAGUCUCUUCCUGUUCUUAUGAAGAUGUAUAUUGCCACAGGGUUGCUUGACCAGGCGAAGAAUCUUUUUGAGAAGUUUCUUUCGAAUUGUGAGCUUUCAUCAAAGACACGUGCAGCAAUUAUAGAUGCUUAUGCUGAAAAUGGGCUCUGUGCUGAAGCUGAGGCUGUGUUUUAUGGCAAGAGAGAUUUGCCAAGGCAGAAGAAAGGUAUUGUGGAAUACAAUGUCAUGGUUAAAGCAUAUGGCAAAGCAGAACUCUAUGAUAAGGCUUUCUCUCUCUUUAAGAGCAUGAGACAUAAUGGUACCUGGCCUGAUGAGUGCACUUAUAAUUCCCUUAUUCAAAUGUUAUCUGGAGGUGAUUUAGUGGAUCAGGCAAGAGACCUCUUAGGUGAAAUGCAAGCAGCAGGAUUCAAACCAAAGUGUCUAACCUUUUCCUCUAUUAUUGCAUGCUAUGUCCGUCUUGGGCAGCUUUCUGAUGCCGUUGAUGGUUACCAAGAAAUGAUCAGUGCAGGGGUGAAGCCCAAUGAAGUUGUUUAUGGGUCUUUAAUUAAUGGGUUCGCUGAAAUUGGUGAUGUUGAAGAAGCUCUGCGAUAUUUUCGGAUGAUGGAAGAAUCUGGAGUAUCAGCAAAUAAGAUAGUACUAACUUCGCUGAUUAAGGCUUAUAGCAAAGUGGGGUGUUUGGAAGGAGCAAAACAAGUGUAUGAAAAGAUGAAGGAUCUGGAGGGUGGUCCAGAUAUCAUUGCAUCAAAUAGUAUUUUAAAUCUUUAUGCAGAUCUCGUAAUGGUGUCUGAAGCGAGAUGUGUUUUUGACAAUUUGAAAGAAAAGGGUACUGCAGAUGGGUUUUCAUUUGCAACUAUGAUGUAUCUGUAUAAAAGCAUGGGCAUGCUUGACGAAGCAAUUGAUGUUGCAGAAGAGAUGAAACAGUCUGGUUUGUUAAAAGACUGUUCUUCAUACAAUAAAGUAAUGGCAUGCUAUGUUACGAAUGGCCAGUUACGUGGAUGUGGUGAAUUGUUGCAUGAGAUGAUUAGCCAAAAGAUUUUGCCUGACACAGGGACCUUUAAAGUACUAUUCACUGCACUCAAGAAGGGAGGCAUUCCAAUUGAAGCUGUAAUGCAGCUAGAGUCAUCAUACCAGGAAGGGAAACCUUAUGCAAGACAAGCUGUUAGCAUUGUUGUUUUCUCUUUGGUAGGCUUGCACGCUUUUGCACUUGAGUCUUGUGAGGCCUUCACAAAAGCAGAAAUAGCUCUUGAGUCUUUUGUGUACAAUGCCGCCAUAUAUGCUUAUGGGUCAUCAGGGCACAUUAAUAAGGCUUUGAACAUGUUUAUGAAAAUGCAGGAUGAGGGCCUGGAGCCAGACCUUGUCACCUUUAUUAAUCUCGUAGGUUGCUACGGGAAAGCUGGCAUGGUUGAAGGUGUGAAGAGGAUAUAUAGCCAAUUAAAAUACGGAGAGAUUGAGCCAAAUGAAUCCUUGUUCAAGGCUGUCAUAGAUGCUUACAGAAAUGCCAACAGGCAAGACCUUGCUGAAUUGGUCAACCAAGAGAUGAAAUUUGCUUUUGAAGGACGCGAUUAUUCCGAGUCCGAGGUUGAAGGUGAAGAUGAAGAAGAAAUUACUCUAGACCCGUAGAUUUCAAAUGUAUAUUCACGAAUAGAUGAAUUUGCCUUCUAAGGACAAGUUUAUUCUGAGCCCGAGGCUGAAGGUGAACACAAAGAACAUUCUCUAGACCCUUAGAAGCCAAUCUCUUAAGACUCCAAGUAUUCCAAGUGUAUGUUACAAGCAAGAGUCUCUGUAGGGUGUAUACUGUAUACUGACAGCAAUGUAAAAGCUUCCAAGAUCUUGUGUACAAAUAGUAGAAGUCAAAGUGAUGGAAGAAUGUAUAAUGUAAAUUCUGGCUUCUCUUUAUACCAAAUUUGCCUGUUCUUCUAA